AUUAGCUAUAGAGCUGUCUAGUGUCUGCUUGCGAAGUUGCAAUUGCUAUUUAGUAUUUCCUAAUUGCAACCACCCAGCAACGCAAGUACAAAUUCAGGUGACUGCCAUCGGAACUGCAUUUUUUAACUAGAGCAAUAAUUGCAAUAUAAAUAAAGUUGCUUCUUAAUUAUCCUAGCUUAUCUCCAAUUCCUUAAGGACAUGCAGAUUACACUAUUAAUUUGUUUAUUGAAACGAAAACAUUGACCUCUCCAAGUUGUGAUGGAAUCUUAUUACAAUAAAUCAAUCUUACAGAAAAAGUGGACCGUUGAAGGUUACAAAUGAUUUGAUAAUCUGUUUUGAGUACCGUUAAGAAAUAAGUUGAUCGAGAUUAGAGCGAUCGACGUAUUCUCUGAUGCGCGUGUCGGUGACAUGAGCACAAACAACAAGAGACGCGGAGCCAACAGUUCCAGUUGUGCUGUUCCCGUGGCCGCGCUCGUCAGCGUCCCAACCGCGAUGUCUGCGGACCUUGCCUCGCUGUUCGAGUGUCCAGUGUGCUUCGACUACGUGCUGCCACCGAUCCUGCAAUGCCAGAGUGGACACCUCGUCUGCUCGAGCUGCCGCCCCAAGCUAUCAUGUUGUCCGACAUGCCGCGGUCCGCUCGGCAACAUACGCAAUCUAGCCAUGGAAAAAGUCGCCAGCAAUGUAAUGUUUCCCUGCAAACAUUCUGGCACAGGAUGUACUGUAACACUGGUUCAUACGGAGAAGGCUGAACAUGAAGAAGCCUGUGAAUUUAGACCUUACUCAUGCCCUUGCCCGGGAGCAUCGUGCAAGUGGCAAGGUGGACUGGACCAAGUUAUGCCUCACCUGAUGAUGUCUCACAAAAGUAUAACAACACUGCAAGGUGAAGAUAUUGUGUUCUUAGCUACAGACAUCAACCUGCCUGGGGCUGUGGACUGGGUAAUGAUGCAGUCCUGUUUUAAUCACCAUUUUAUGUUAGUACUUGAAAAGCAAGAAAAAUUUGAUGGACACCAGCAGUUUUUUGCCAUUGUUCAGCUCAUAGGAUCUCGUAAGGAAGCAGAGAACUUUGCAUAUAGACUUGAGCUGAAUGGUCACAGGAGGCGUUUGACUUGGGAAGCCAUGCCUCGCUCUAUUCACGAAGGAGUGUCAUCAGCCAUCAUGAACUCUGACUGCCUAGUUUUUGACACAUCUCUCGCCCAGCUAUUUGCUGAUAAUGGAAACCUCGGAAUCAAUGUAACUAUAUCAAUUGCCUAAUCCACAUUCCAAUGUCGGCAUCAGUGUUGCAGAGACUAUGCUAGCAGUGGCCAUUAAUGACCCUGAUGUGAUCACUUCUAAUAUUGUAUCGGAUUUGGACAUUCACUGUUAACUAUUAUGACUUUUGUGAUAGAUAUGAAUAAGUAAGUCAAUAUAAUUUGAAUCAAAAUAAUCUAAUUUUAAAGCCAAAAAUAUUAUUUUUCUCAAUUUGUAAAUGUGUUCAAUUUAGUGCUAAGUAGAAUGAAAUAUAUAUGUCCCAUAGUGUGGUGGUAGCAGUACUAAUAUCACAUAGGAUUUGUUCAAAUCCAAGUCACGAACAAAUAUUGUAGUGUUUGAACAAAUCAACUGAAAACUAAUCUGUGUUUGUUGCAUAAUCCUACACCUUCAAUGUAAGUGAAAAAAAUUGUGAAGUUGAUUUUAUGAAACAUAAUUUAAGUUAGCAACACCAAAACUCAUAAAUAAAGCUACAAGAAUUGUAGAAUUGCAAACAGAAACUCAGUGCUGGCCCACUGAGGACUGAACUAGAUACUGGAUUUAUAAAUGGAACCGCAAGUCCAGCAACAUUAGGUAUAAGUUGGAUAAGAUAUGUAAUAUCCUCUAUCUUUAAUAUGACAUAAAAAAAUCAAUUGGUAAUUAUUGGCUGUAACAGAGGUUGAAAUUACUUGUCUGUCCCAAUCUGUACAUUGUAAUUUUGAUGACAUUUUUACCAUUAAAUAAUUUUGAUAAUUUAA